AUGGCCGCUUGGGACCCACUAGAAAACACAUUUCACUAUGACAAUGCAUCCCUCGAAAAAGCAUCCAAAGACUAUGGAAACAUAGUUCAACUCAAACCAAAUUCCGUAUUUGGCCCUAACUAUGUGAGUGACAUCCAAUUUUUCAUUAAGCAAAAAUAUAAGCACUAUGACACAGAUAAGAACAAGAGCAUUGCCAUAAGGGCAUGUGGCCAUUCUACGAGGGGACAGUCCCAAGUCUUGGCCGUCAUAGUGGUCAACAUGACUGCUAUAAAAAAUUUCAAAGGGAGUAGGAUCAACAUUGGUAAGAAUCACAUGGGUUACUAUGCAGAUGUCGGGUGCGAGCUGCAGUGGAUAGACAUUCUCAAGGACACACUUAAGGUUAAUCUUACGCCUGUGUCAUUUACGGAUUAUAUACACGCCAGCGUGGGCGGAACACUCUCAAACGGGGGUAUAAGCGGACAAUCGUUUCAGCACGGUCCCCAAAUCUCCAAUGUUUAUUCUCUAUAUGCAAUCACAGGUAAUAUAUAA